AUAUAUGUACUACAAGCAGGAAGUAUGCGACAUUCUAUAUAAAGGAAGUAAAACUUCCAAAACAAACCGCAGUGAGGUCUCGGGUACCAAAGGUGAACAUGGCGUACUUUUGCGCUAUAGUUUUGUUGAUAGUGACGGUAGUUAAUUUUCCAAGUGUCUCCGCUGAUGAAGAGAAACAAAAUACUGGUCAAAUAACAUAUAGUGUCGGAGAUCCACAAAGGUGUCUGCAGAGAAGCUUCAACAAAAAACUUAUACGGUACGAAGUACUUCCCGGAGGAGGGUGGGACAACUUACGAAACAAACAUGGCGGUCAGGUGAUUUCUUAUAACUACAGUCUAUGUGAAACUACAGACGACGGUCGUUAUCUGUUACCAGACGGAAUAUACACUGUACCACUAAAGCAGAGUAAUAUGGAAACUUUCGCCGAGCUGUUCUCACAUUGGCAAAACUACACCUCAACAACAUCUAGCACGGUCAACGCUGAAGCGGGUUUCCAUAUUGGACAUUUCGGAAUAGGAGGAUCCUACUCGCAUGAGACAGAAAGCGUCCGAUCGAGACAGACGAUGGAUAAAUCUGUGACCACUCGUGUCCAAGCAAGGUAUGUUCGAUAUUCGGCCAAAUUACAACCCGACACAGCAUUUAAUCCGAAAUUUAAAGCGAGGCUUUUGACAAUUGCAGCUCUGAUAGCGAAAAACCAGACGAAUAUGGCUCGGUACGAAAGUCAGCUUUUGGUUAGGGACUUUGGCACCCAUGUCAUUACCAGUGCUGAUGCCGGGGCAGUGAUAGCACAACAGGAUCAGAUAAAGUCCACGUACGCUCGUUCGUAUAGUAUGGACAAAAGUAAAGUAUUGGCCUCCGCAAGCGCUUCUUUCGCAGACAUAUUUCAUGUCAGUGCAAAUUAUGAGCAUUCAACGACGAAAGAAAUGAUUGACCAGUAUCUUGGAAACAGAACAAAUUCCGAAACGAUUACUAUUGGUGGAGCAAUAUUCCAACCAAAGAACUUCAGCCUUAACGACUGGGCCAAUAGCAUCGCGGAUAAUCUGGUGACUGUGGACCGGGCAGGAGACCCCCUGCACUUCAUUAUAACACCAAUGGCUCUACCUGAACUACCGCCGUCUAUAGUCUACGAUCUUAUCCAGCAUGUGAAGAAAGCUAUCGAUCUCUAUUACAAACAUAACGUCUACAGGGGCUGUACCAAUCCUGAUUCUCCUAAUUUCAGUUUCCAGGCUAACGUUGACGACGGAACAUGUCACAGCCUUUCAAACAACUACACGUUUGGUGGUAUUUACCAGACUUGUUCUUUGUCAGGAAAUAUCCGGUCCAACACGUGUACUGAUCUCGAGCAAAAGAAUCCUUUAACCGGGGAUUACUCUUGUCCACCAAAUUAUGAGGCAGUGUUGAUUGACAGAGGAAAUAAGAACACUCCAAAUACAGUUCGUAGGUGCCAUAGCUGUGGAUUUCUUGGAUUUUCUACCUGUUGUGGGGAUUAUGCAGCCUCCCAAACUGCAUCAUACGCAGGAUAUUGGUGUUAUUCUGCGGGAAAAGUUACUGCCAACACCGGGUACCUUUUUGGAGGUUUGUACACCAGCACCAUCGGAAAUCCACUGACUGGCAGUCGAUCCUGCCCACCAUAUUUCUAUACCUUGAAACUCAGCAGUACUUUGCGUGUUUGUGUCAGUGAUGACUAUGAACUUGGUUUCCGUUAUUCAGUACCUUUUGGUGGUUUCUUCAGCUGUAAAACAGGAAAUCCCCUGAAGCUAACAUCAGACGAAGAAGACAAACAUCAAAGAAGUAAUAAUGACAUGAUGGUUUUAGAAACAUUUUUGAAAAGUUCUGGCCCUGCUCAUUGGCCAAGAGGCUGUCCGACUGGUUACAGCGAGCACAUGGCUGUGGUGGUUAAUGGAUGUGAAAUAUCCUACUGUAUCCAGGCAAACGCUUUGAGCAAUGAAGGUCUACCGCCUAUUAUACGACCUCCGUUUAUGGAAAUCCCUAUCAAUGGAUUUUCAGAUAAUUCAAGUAUCAUGAUAAGUGAGGAUGGUUUGACAUGGACAGAUAUUGAAGGAACCGGUGAAAUGGGCGAUGUCAUCGAACCAGCCAGUCAGAGUGAUAGUGAUUCAACAGAAGGCAACAGUGGUUUGUCACGAGGGGCAGUAGCCGUUAUCGCAAUAGUAGCUACUAUUGUGUUCCUCGCACUAGUAUUACUUAUCGCCACUAAAGUCCGGAAUAAGUACCGUCCUUCUGAAUAUCGCCGCAAUCAGUCGGAUAAUCUCAUACCCAAUAAGCACGUUGUAUACGGAACUUCCGAUAGCCACACCGAAGUAGAGAUCGAGGAGUCAUAAGUAAAACAAAUAUUGCUUAACCACCAAAUGUAGGUAUCGAAUUUGCGGGUCGUAAAAAUCUUCAUCCGAAAUGAUGAACAUCAUGGAUGACACAAUUUCAUGAUAGCAAUACAGUGUGUGUUUAGUUUUAGCUUUAAAAAACAACUUGCUAAUCUAAAAUUCAUCAUUUGAAUUUUCUUGCACUUCUUUUUAUCAAAUGUAAAAGGAAGCUUGUUUUAAUGUUCUUUACUUUGUAAAGUACAGCUUUAUUUCUGUUUAACAGUUGCAUUACAUCAACGUAAUGCUGUUACUUAAAUUGCUUCCAUUCCCUAAUCUCUUUACUGUUCAGUAGAAAGCAAAUCAGACAGCGUUUCUAUGUUAGGUUAGUGAGCUAAUUCUUUUUCAAAAUCCCAUAAUUACACUAAAAGUAUGUGUCUUUGACAAUAGCAGAUGAUUACUAUAAAUGUCAUAUUUGAAUAACAUUGAUUGUCUGUAAAUAGUAGUGGUGUGACUUACUAACCUGAAACCUCAACUAUUAAACAUGAUCAUUAUUGAAUGUUUGUGAAAAGGCCGUUCUGACUGGUAUAACUUUGAUAAUAAUCUUUGCUAAUAUUUUGUGGAUUAUUCCAUUUGUAUAUUACUUUAAGAUGAUUUCUGAAAAAAAAACACGUGCUAUGUAAUUCUAUUACUUUAUAUUAAUGCUAGACGUUUCACUUUCAUUUUGCUUUACGUUUCACGAUGUUGAUUUCCGAAGUUAUCUACAUAUCUCAUUCAAGGAGAAUCCAUGCACAUCUUUAUCGGAGCAGUGUUUCACCUGCGUUUCAUUUUAAAAAUCAGUAGAAAAUUAAACGACAACUUCGCCCUUCGUAUGACUUGUCUUGUGUGAACAGAUAACGUUGUGUUUACAUAACACCCAGGUUUAGCAAUUUAGACCCAACAUAGUAUGUACUAUCAAAUACCAGACCAUCGUCAGACAUUAUCUCCCUAACACACAUUAUUACGUAACCUCUGAUAUAUGUAUAUAUCACUCAUUCAUGACACUAAGGUAUCAUGGUGUUCCUUCUUUUAUAUAUUUAAGUUUGCAAUCUUUUUACUGCCUAAUCAUUUGUGUUGGUAACAAUGACUUAUGAGUACAAUACGAAUGUGUUAAAUUAUUGUCACAAUAUUUCAUAUGAGAAAAUCAACGUCAGCUUUAAAGCAAUAUAAAACAAUGUAUUGUAAAUAAGUAUAUCAUUAUUAUUAAUUAAUAGUAUAUUAUUUUAUGUAAUAGGACAGCUAGUCUCAUAUAAGUCUUCUUUUUAUCCCCCGCUUUCACCGAAACGGGGGGUAUUCAUUUGGGUUUGUCCCUCCGUCCGUCCGUCUGUCUGUCACACUUUCGUUUCCGUGUUCUAACUUCCCCAAAUAUCAUCCAAUUUGGAUGAAACUUGGUUAGCAGAUGCAUCUGAGUUUGACUAUCAGUGUGAUCUGUUAAUAAUUAUGCAUACUAAUGAGGUAUCCUUUGAUUUCAUUGGUCGGUUCAUUUCCGUGCUCUAACUUCCCUAAAAAUAAUCCAAUUUAGAUGAAACUUGGUCAGCAGAUGCAUAUUAGGGCACAUUAGACUGAGUUCAGCAAUCAGCAUCAUCUGUUGAUAUGUCCAAUAAAACAUCUACUCUCUGUAAUCCUUUACAUCUUUCUUUGGCUUUAAAGCAAGACAUCAUAGCUCUAGAGAAUAUAACAUUCUUCAUAGCAUUAUGACAUGUUUCUCCUAACCUCUAAAAUAUUUACUUACAAUAUGUUUGGAAAGCGGGGGACAUAAAUUCCACGAAUUUGCUUGUUUAUAUAGAUAUAAUAUACUUACCAAUCUAUUAUACAUGUAUAUCUGUUUGCAUAUGAAUUGACAUUGUUUUAUAACGUAUGGUUGUCAAUGUUAUUUUUGAACUAUUGAUUAUGCAUUGUUAUCUUUUAUAUAAGUAAUCAUUCUUUACAUAAA